UGUUUAUUAUAUGUAUUGUGAAUAAUUACCAUAAUCAAGAAAAUUAACAUACCUCUCAACCCAUACAUCUGACCUUUUCCUCUGCCUGAUAAGAACACUUACAGACAACUUCCUACCGACAUCAUCAUUCACUCUAGAUGCCACCCUGCAUGUAUGUAAUGUCUCUAGAACUGUGGAACACAUCAUCUGUAAAUAUAAGUCUGUGUGCUGAACAAUCCCCCGCCCCUGUCUGCACCCAGUUACCAUCGUACAUUCUGGUGCUACUGUGUGAUUCUUUUUAGAGUCACACAAUAAGUGAGACACUCCCCUUAGCAGGAUGAUACUGUCCAGAUUAGCCAUUUGUUAUACAUGGUGAGAUUUCCUUCUUUUUGAAGUCUGAACAAUAUUCUCUCUUAGCGAUUGCAAAUAAUGCUUCAAUGAACAGGGAGAGGGGAGUAAAUAGAUCUUUUAAAUAGUGGCUUUAUUUCUGUUUGGUAAAGAUCCAGAUGUGGGAUUAUUGGAUCACAUGGUAGUUCUAAUUAGUAAUUUUUUGAAGAUCUUCGGCAUUAUUUUCCAUAAUAGCUAUAUCAAUUUCCCUUCUCACCAAUAGAGUACACUCUUCUUUAUCCUCCACACCCUUGUUGAUGCUUGUAAUCUUUUGACUUUCUGAUAAUCGCCAUCCUAACAGGCAUGAGCUGGCAGCUCCUUAUGGUUCUGAUUUGCAGUUACCCUGAUGGCCAGUGAUGUUGAGUGUCUUCUCACAUCCCUUCAGCCACAGUUGAACGUUCAAACCAGCAGUUCAAAGCACGUCCUUCCCUUGUCGACUCAUACAUUUACCACAACUCCCUAGCCCAAUGUGGGAUCCAGACAAAUAAAUAGAUAGUAGCAAGCCAGCGUGACAAGGGCCCAGAAAUGUGAAGCCAUCGAAGAGGGUGGGGUGGUGGAAACACCCAGGAUAGUUUUGGGAGAUCAGGGUGGGCUUCUUGUAGGAAUAGGAUUGUGUAAGGGAGGUAGGAAUCUUUGAAUGAAUAAGGUUUUUCCUAAGGUAGGUAGAGAUAGACAAAUAGCCAAGCAAUGAUGCUGUUAGACACAGAAAUGCAGCAGACACACACAUAUAUUUUGUAUCUUUCUUUAGCUGAAAAGAAUAUUCUCCUGUGCACAAAUUUAAGUUUGAGCAGUCUAGAGCAUUGUCCACCAGAACCACAGAGUGGCCGGAACACACACACACACACACACACACACACACACACACACACACACACACACCCUGGAACUUAAGGGUAGAUUCCUGUCUGCCGAACAAACCUAGAAAGUCCUGGUGACAGGUGGUUUAUGGCUAGAGAUUCGCUUCCCAGUGGCAAUUAUCAGUCUCCCCCUCACUACUUUCCUGUUUUAUUUCCUUCCAUGCUGGAGCAAACCCAGGCUGAGAAGCGGCACCCGCCUGAAUUAGUCAGGGUGCCUGAAGAGGGAGGAGAAACGUGCAUCUUGUAUGGGCUGGUGGGAGGGAAAGAGAAAUCUAAAAUGCCAAAGCAGAAAGUAACCCUCGGACAAACACUUUAUGAACCGCAGAGUGGAACAAAUAACGAUAUAAAUGAUAUUUUUGUCGAUAGUUCGAAAGCAGAAACUAGGGAAGCUACAGUUGCAGGAUGACUGUUCUUCUCCAGGCUUCCACCUAGGCCGCGGAUCCCUCCUAGCUGCAGCCCUGGUCAAGGCCUGGGGGGGCGUGUCUGAGGGGCGGGGCCGCAUGGAAGGGAGGAAUAAAAAAAAAAAAAAAAAACCUAAGUAAUUAGCAUCCCCCGAUUCCAUUGGCUCUUCGACGGCCCUGCUUUGCAUGCGCCCGCCCUCUGACUGCUUGGUUUGCUGGGGCUCAGCAGGGUUUUGCAGCCGCCUGGCUACAGCGCUUUAGUGCGGGGCGGGAGCUCAAGAGAACCGCGGCCCGGAUCCCGGAGCCGGGGGAGCCCGUAGCCCGCCGAGCUGCGGCGGCCGUAUCUGGGGCGAUCUAGGUCCUAUCGACACUGUGGCCGGCUCUCGGAGGCUUCUGCAUCCGUCUGGUCCCAGGGAGGAGAGGACCAGACACUUUUAUUUUGGAUGAAAGGCGCGGGUCCUGGCGGGAGCUUCCUUCCCGGCCUGGCUCGCGGCUCAGUGCGCCCUCGCUCUGGCCCCGACUCCAGAAGAUGACUUCAGGUUCCGCCGUGUAUCUUCCCGUGGUGACGGCUCGGGGAGACAGGCGAAAGUAGUGACACUUGCUGGCAACGCCAGGUGGGAAAGUGAGCCUAGGCGACGUGGAGCCCCGCUGUCCCCGAGGACCCCGGUGCCCACAGAUCCUUGCCUUUCCUUCCCCUCGGCUCCACGGCGGCUGCAGCAUGAAGUGGCGCAGCGAUGGCCAGGAGAGGUAAGAAGCCUGUGGUGCGAACGCUGGAAGAUCUGACGCUGGACUCGGGUUAUGGUGGCGCGGCGGACUCUGUGCGCUCCUCCAACUUGUCUCUGUGCUGUUCUGACUCUCACCCGGCGUCCCCGUAUGGCGGGAGCUGCUGGCCGCCUUUAGCUGACUCCAUGCACAGCCGGCACAACAGCUUUGACACCGUCAACACUGCCCUGGUGGAAGACUCCGAGGGGCUGGACUGCGCCGGUCAGCACUGCUCGCGGUUGCUGCCGGACCUCGACGAGGUCCCCUGGACCCUCCAGGAACUGGAGUUGCUGCUGCUGCGCUCGCGGGAUCCCCGGGCAGGCCCAGCGGUCCCCGGCAGCCUGCCCAAGGACGCGCUGGCCAAGCUCUCGAUGCUGGUAAGCCGGGCUCUAGUGCGCAUCGCUAAAGAGGCGCAGCGCCUGAGCCUGCGCUUCGCCAAGUGCACCAAGUACGAGAUCCAGAGUGCCAUGGAGAUCGUACUGUCCUGGGGCCUGGCGGCUCACUGCACCGCUGCCGCGCUGGCCGCGCUGUCCCUCUAUAACAUGAGCAGCGCUGGCGGCGACCGCUUGGGCCGUGGCAAGUCGGCGCGCUGCGGCCUCACCUUCUCCGUGGGCCGCGUGUACCGCUGGAUGGUGGACAGCCGCGUGGCGCUGCGCAUCCACGAGCAUGCCGCCAUCUACCUGACCGCCUGUAUGGAGAGUCUCUUCCGGGACAUCUACUCGCGGGUGUUGGCCUCCGGGCUACCUCGUAGCUGUAGCGGUCCUGGCCCUGGCUCCAGCUCCGGUUCUGGCCCAGGCCCCGGCUCAGGCCCCGGAGCCCCUGCAGCGGAUAAGGAGCGCGAGACUCCGGGAGGGGGAGCGGCGAGCGGUGGCCCUUGCAGCGCAGCCAGCAGCGCCAGCGGGGGCAGUAGUUGUUGCGCCCCGCCAGCCACGGCGGCGACCGCAGUCCCGCCAACCACAGCCACCGCCGCCGUCGCCGCCAACCAUCAUCACCACCACCACACGCUUCACGAAGCGCCCAAAUUCACCGUGGAGACCCUGGAGCACACGGUCAACAACGACUCGGAAAUCUGGGGGCUCUUGCAGCCCUACCAGCACCUCAUCUGUGGGAAGAACGCCAGUGGUGUGCUGAGCCUGCCAGAGAGCCUGAACCUGCACCGAGACCCACAGCGGCCCAGCAAGCCGGGAGAGCUCCCCAUGUUCAGCCAGUCAGAGCUGAGGACCAUCGAGCAGUCCCUGCUGGCCACACGGGUGGGCAGCAUCGCCGAGCUCAGUGACCUUGUGUCCCGGGCGAUGCACCAUCUACAGCCCCUCAAUGCGAAGCACCACGGUAAUGGCACGCCCAUGCACCACAAGCAGGGGGCGCUCUACUGGGAGCCAGAGGCCCUGUACACGCUCUGCUACUUCAUGCACUGCCCGCAGAUGGAGUGGGAGAAUCCCAACGUGGAACCUUCCAAGGUCAACCUCCAGGUGGAAAGGCCCUUCCUCGUGCUGCCCCCUCUCAUGGAGUGGAUCCGAGUGGCCGUGGCGCAUGCCGGCCACCGCCGCAGCUUUUCUAUGGAUAGCGACGAUGUCCGCCAAGCCGCCCGGCUGCUGCUUCCGGGAGUGGACUGCGAGCCGCGCCAGCUCAAGGCGGACGACUGCUUUUGUGCUUCUCGGAAGCUGGACGCCGUGGCCAUCGAAGCCAAGUUCAAGCAGGACUUGGGCUUCCGGAUGCUGAAUUGUGGACGGACCGACCUGGUGAAGCAGGCAGUGUCUUUGCUGGGGCCGGAUGGAAUCAACACCAUGAGCGAACAGGGUAUGACCCCCUUGAUGUACGCCUGCGUCCGUGGGGACGAGGCAAUGGUGCAGAUGCUGCUGGAUGCCGGAGCUGACCUGAAUGUGGAGGUUGUCAGUACUCCUCAUAAAUAUCCAUCCGUCCACCCCGAGACCCGCCAUUGGACGGCUCUGACUUUUGCUGUGUUGCAUGGACAUAUUCCUGUAGUUCAGCUCCUCCUGGAUGCUGGGGCCAAGGUGGAAGGCUCUGUGGAGCAUGGCGAGGAGAACUAUUCAGAAACUCCCCUCCAGCUUGCAGCCGCUGUUGGUGUCCCAUGGACUCUACACACAUGGCUGGAGUCACUUCGGAUUGCCUUCCAGCAACACCGCAGACCUCUCAUCCAGUGUUUGCUCAAGGAGUUCAAGACCAUUCAAGAGGAGGAGUACACAGAGGAGCUAGUCACCCAAGGCCUGCCCCUGAUGUUUGAGAUCUUAAAAGCAAGCAAGAAUGAAGUGAUCAGCCAGCAGCUGUGCGUCAUCUUCACACACUGUUACGGUCCCUACCCCAUCCCCAAGCUCACGGAGAUCAAGAGGAAGCAGACCUCACGCCUGGACCCUCAUUUUCUUAACAAUAAAGAGAUGUCCGACGUGACCUUUCUGGUAGAGGGAAGACCCUUCUACGCUCACAAAGUGCUCUUGUUCACAGCCUCUCCCAGGUUCAAGGCCCUCCUCUCCAGCAAGCCAACAAAUGACAACACCUGCAUAGAGAUUGGCUACGUGAAGUAUCCCAUCUUCCAGCUCGUCAUGCAGUAUCUCUACUACGGUGGCCCAGAGUCACUUCUCAUUAAAAACAAUGAGAUCAUGGAGCUUCUGUCUGCUGCUAAAUUUUUCCAGCUGGAGGCUCUGCAGCGACACUGUGAGAUUAUCUGUGCAAAAAGCAUCAAUACUGACAACUGUGUGGAUAUCUACAGCCACGCCAAGUUCCUUGGGGUGACAGAGCUCUCGGCGUACUGUGAAGGCUACUUUCUUAAAAAUAUGAUGGUCCUUAUUGAAAACGAAGCGUUCAAGCAGCUCCUGUACGACAAAAAUGGCGAAGGGGCGGGCCAGGAUGUGCUUCAGGACCUACAGAGGACGUUGGCCAUUAGGAUUCAGUCUAUCCACCUGUCGUCUUCCAAGGGUUCCGUGGUAUGAGACGCCCCACGAGGCAAUGGUCCCCAGGAGCAAGGUUUCUGGCUCCCUUCUGCAUUGGCACCACAAAAACACAAAAAUUGUUCCUGGUGUCUGUCUGUCUGUACUGGGCCAAGGAGCUGCCUCCACUGCCUCAGCUACUCUCCGGUCAGUGAACUUGGCUUCCGUGUGCUCCUGAGCGAAGAACCGUCCACGCGUCUGCAGGUUAGAUUGUAGCAGAGGCCAGAACCUGCAGGCCAACUCACAGCAACCAAGCCCCCUCCAGUGCCCCGGAGCCAUGGGCACCUGCUGCCAAGGACCAUGAUCUAGCAGACGGACCAAGGCUUAGAGAUCUCUGCUUCCUGGUUGACUGAUGAAAACCUCAGUAGUAUGACCUUGAAAAGCAUCACAUCACCCACGAAUGACCUUGGAGGCUGUACUUGCCCAGGCAUCAGCCCUGGUGGCUAGUUGUUGAUGCCAUUGCCCGGCAUGAGGAAGUCACAUGGCCAAUUUUUAGGGGUGGGAACUUUUUAAAAAAAAUGUUCAUGUCUAGCAAACACAGAGCAGUCUCGUAGUUUCGAAUAUAUUUCUAAAAGCUUAACAGUUCAUUUUCGACUGAAUUGUGUUUAGGGAAUCUGUGUUUGGGGUUCUUUUCAUUUUUUUUUAAGAUAGUGAGUUGCAGGUCCGUGCCGUGUAAACUUGCAUCUGACAAAUUCCUGCUGAUACUAUACAAGGUCACAUAUUCCUGCCUUAGUGAUUCGAUCAUGGUUCCACAAAAGAGGUGCACUGCCAAUUAUCUCUAAUUAUCUCGAAUCUAAUAGUUGACAAUAACCUGCAUGCUGAUUGUGGUUUGGGGGUGAGACUAGGGCACCCCCACAUAACAAAACAUGCAUUUGCAUGGACCAAACCUGUACAACAUCAUGUUUGUGCUUUGUUUUCUUUUGCCAAAGUGAGAUAUGUUCUCUCGCUUCUCGCUAAAAGCCCACUUGGUGAAACAAACAUAUCUGUUUCUUUUCCUGAUCACGAAUGGCUCUGGGGAUACUUUUGCAGAAACGUGUUCAUUUCUGAUAACUGAGUGGGGGUGGGGGAGCACGUCAGAGAAUCUACUAUUAAUCUCAGAGCUUUAUCUGUAUUCUCAGAAGAUGUUCAUAGUUUGUUACUAGCCAGAGAGUAUGACUAUGUUAGAUUAUUUUUAAAGAUGAAAAGUGUAAGAUAGGCUUGACACUCUCUGGAUUCUGAGAGUGUGCAGUCUGCAAUUAUCUAUGAUGAAAGUUUAUAUUGACAGGGUUGUGUUUACUCUGCCAUAUAAUAUAUAUACAUAGAUGUAUAUAUAUAUGCAAAAGAGAUUGGUAAAGUGCCACAAUACUCCAAAUAAUUCUUGAGUUGCGGCCCUUUUUUUCUUUCCUUGUUCUUUAUUUUUAAUCCUAGAUACAUUAAGGUAAAAGCUAGGAGAAUGGCUUUUGUCUUUUGGGAUGGCCAAGUUUUGUUGAUAACCCCAUUUCCUAGCAUGAUUUUUGGGAAGUUACGCCAAACCCUAGAGUCUACAGGAACUUGUAUCCUUCGCCUGUUGUCCUACUCCCUCAACACCUGUCAAGGACCCACGUCAAGUCUCGUUUCAUGGGUGUGGUGUGCAAGGUACCCAGUCUGAGUCUAUCUGCAGCAUCAACUCCUUUGUGAUGCAGGCCCCCGAGGCCUCUCUCUUCCAUGUAGUCAUCCAUGAGCCUACCCAGCCCUACCAUCAAAUGAUUAUGGGAGCAACUGCUUGAGGUGACAACCAAGUCACAGACACAAGAGUGACACACUGUCGCUUGCCUUCAGGGAUGCUGCUCUCUAACCCAGCUGGUUCUCUGUGGAUGUCGAACACUCUCUGGACCUCCAGGUGUUGAUCUGUACAUUGGUAACUCCCACCUAGACCUCUGUUCAGUUUGGUGUGCUUUCUCUGCCAUUAAAAGAAAUUAUUUCCCACA